AUGGAAACCACCACAUCAGCGUCUCUGGGUCUGGUUAACGUUCUCGGUCUCGGCCCAGACGUGGUUAGGGUGAUCGUGUUCACUAACCAGUUCCUGUGUGGCGUCAUUUCCUUUCUCGGCGUCAUCGCCAACGUCAUCAACACGCUCGUCUAUUACAAACAAGGUCUGGACGAGCCGGUGUCCAUCUCUCUACUGGCCCUGUCGCUGUCCGACCUGGUGGGUGUGGUCACCUCCCUGUGGGUCGCCGUCUGCUGGAACCCUCUCGUCUACUACGCUGAUCUCCCCUUUGUUCCGGCUGAUGUGGAGUACCUGACCGGAAGUCUGCCCCACCUGGUGUUUACCCGGAUUACCGGCUGGAUCACGGCGUUUGUCGCCGUGGAGCGGUGCCUGUGCGUCGCUCUGCCGUUCGACGUCAAGAGUAUCUUAACGCCGUCGAAGGUGAAGGUAAUUUUGGCGUGUGUUUUCGUCGUGGUGGCCGGAGCGCACGUGCCGUCUUUCUGCACGAGCGGAUUAGCGUGGGUGUACGUGGCCGGUUUAAACCGUACGGUGGUGGCGCUGGUGACGGCGGCGAAUAAGGACCAGAUCAACAGCGUGACGUACUCGGCCAACUUGGUCUCGCCGUUCGGAUCUUUCCUCGUCGUCCUCCUCGCCACCGCCGUCACGGCGUAUCAGCUUACCCGCGCCUCGGAGAGACGGCUUAAAUCGAUUUCCGGUCAACGCGUGACCUUGAGAGACCGGAAGACGGUCAAGAUGGUGGUGACGCUGUCGGUGAUUUUCAUCCUCAGCUACCUGCCCACCAACGUCCUUCACGUGUUCUACUGCAGCAUCGCCGGCCGCGCCGAGUUGCUGUCGCGCUACACCGACCUCAUCAGUCUGACGUUUUCCUUCAUCAAACCGCUGGAGGCUUUCAACGCCAGUAUUGGCAUCCUGCUGUACUGGCGCAUGAGCUCGCGCUUCAAGGCCACCGUGACGUCACUCUUCGCUACAUCCAAAUAG